AUGGCGGCAACGCCCAGCGCGUCUAGGAAAAGAAUAUUAACCUAUAUCACAGACGACUCCAACAGGAAAACCACGUUCAAGAAGAGAAAGAAGAGUUUGGUGAAGAAGGCACGGGAGCUGAGCGUGCUGUGCGGCGUCACGGUGUGCGCCGUGGUGUGCAGCCCUUUCAGGGAGAUUGAGACGGAGGUGUUCCCCGACGAGGGCGGGGUGCGGGAGGCCUAUGCCCGGUUCAAGGGCAUGACGCAGGUGGAGCAGACUCGGAGGAAGUAUAGCCAGGAGACGAUCACUGAAGAAAGGUAUGAGAAGGUGAAAAGUAAGGCGCUAAAAGUGUCGACAGGGAACCAGGAAAAGGAAAUGACGGAGAUGAUGUACCAGUACUUGAGUGGACAGCUGAUGAGCCUGCCUGCCAUGAACUUGGUUCAUCUCAAUGACUUGGCUGUGGUGACCCAAAGGCAUUUGGAGCGAAUUACUGAGAAGCUUGCGGCUCUGGGGAAAGAGGGGGAUUCGGUUUUGAUGCCUCCCCCUCCUCCUCGUGCUCCUGCUUCCAUGGAUAUGGGUGGUGGCAUGCGAAAUGAUGAAGGUAAUGGAAUGUAUGUGAACACCAACAAUCGCCCAGAGGGACCUGCGUGCUGA